AUGUCCAACAAAGAAUUAUACUCGCCUGAAGGCCUUCGUUUAGAUGGUAGACGCUGGAAUGAGUUGAAAUCAUUCACUUGUAAAGUCAACACUCACCAAACCUCAUCGGACGGUUCAUCAUAUGUCCAACAAGGGAAUACAAAAGUGAUGUGCAAAGUAAAUGGACCAUUAGAACCAAAAUCCAAAGCCAAUUCAAAUAAUAAUAAUGCUUCAAUCACAGUGAAUCUUAAUAUUGCCAGUUUCUCUCCAGUGGAACGAAGAAAGAGACCUAAAUCUGAUCGAAGAAUCAAAGAAAUGAUGACGAUAUUAGAAAAAACAUUCAGCGAGACAGUAAUAACCAAAUUGUAUCCAAGAACUCAAAUAAUAGUGGACUGUUAUGUAUUAUCACAAGACGGAGGGAUUUUAUCAGCGGUUGCCAACUCGGUAACCUUGGCAUUGAUCGAUGCUGGGAUCGCGAUGUACGAUUUUGUCAGCUCUAUUAAUGUUGGGCUUUACAAUAAUAGCAUUCCAAUUUUGGACCUAAAUCAUUUAGAGGAAGGAGAUAUGAGUUUUUUGACAUUAGGAAUAGUCGGUAAAAGUGAAAAACUUGCGAUGAUGUUAUUGGAAGAAAAAAUCCCAUUUGAUAAAUUGGAAACUUUGUUGGGUAUAGGGAUUUCCGGGGCCCAGAGAAUUAAGGAUCUAAUGGAUGAAGAAUUAAGAAAGCACGGGAAACUCUUGAUAUCUACAGCUGCCAGUUGA